GGCUUGGCCUCUGAGUGGCUAAUCUGUUGCCGCAGUCCCUUGGCUGAUAGUGCUUUGGCCCAGGAAGAACUAUGUGCCGAACUGGAGGGAUUUUCCAGGCCACCUGGAAUCCGGUUUUAGUUCAACAGAUGUUCCCUGGGCUCUUGCUAAUGUGUGGGCCCAAGCGCUUUGUGGAGAAACACACAUGAAUCAGCCACCAGCUCCCGGGGCUCUGGGAGCUACUGACUAUAGGGGGAGGAGUUACAUUAGUCCUCCUUGGUUUGGGCUUAAAGGAGCCAAACCAGUUGCUGGGAAAAAACUGGAUACCAAAUGUAAUAACGGUGUAAAGAUUGUAACAAUGGCUGCUGAGUCUGAUGUUCUGCACUUCCAGUUUGAACAGCAAGGAGACGUGGUCUUGCAGAAAAUGAAUCUCUUGAGACAGCAGAAUUUAUUUUGUGAUGUAUCAAUUUACAUUAAUGACACUGAGUUCCAGGGCCACAAGGUGAUAUUGGCUGCUUGCUCUACUUUCAUGAGAGAUCAGUUUUUACUCACACAGUCAAAACAUGUCAGAAUCACCAUCCUGCAGAGUGCAGAAGUUGGCAGGAAAUUGUUACUCUCUUGUUAUACUGGAGCAUUAGAAGUUAAAAGGAAAGAGCUUUUGAAAUAUUUAACUGCUGCCAGUUACCUUCAGAUGGUUCACAUUGUGGAAAAGUGCACAGAAGCUUUGUCAAAAUAUCUGGAAAUUGAUCUUUCUAUGAAAAAUAACAACCAACAUACUGACCUGUGUCAAUCUUCUGAUCCAGAUCAUAAAAAUGAAGAAGAAAAUUCUGAGAAAGACUGCGAGAUAAUUGAAAUUUCAGAAGAUAGUCCAGUAAACAUAGAUUUCCAUGUUAAAGAAGAAGAAAACAAUGUAUUGCAGUCUGCAGUAGAGAGCUUGACAUCAGAAAGAAAGGAAAUGAAGUCACCAGAGCUGUCUACAGUUGAUACAGGUUUUAAAGACAAUGAAAUUUGUAUUCUCCAUGUGGAAUCUAUCAGUACAGCUGGUGUAGAAAAUGGGCAGUUUUCACAGCCUUGUACCUCAUCAAAAGCAAGCAUGUAUCUCUCAGAAACACAGCAUUCACUGAUUAAUUCUACAGUCGAAAGCAGAGUGGCAGAAGUUCCUGGAAAUCAAGGCCAGGGCUUAUUUUGUGAGAAUACUGAUGGAAGUCACGGUACAGUGAACGAGAUUCAGAAUGUGGAAGAGAAUUAUUCACUGAGGCACCAGUGCCCCAGGUGUCCUCGAGGGUUUCUUCAUGUUGAAAACUAUCUGCGCCACCUUAAGAUGCAUAAACUAUUCUUGUGCUUACAGUGCGGAAAAACAUUCACACAGAAGAAAAAUCUCAACCGGCACAUCCGAGGGCACAUGGGCAUACGGCCUUUUCAAUGUACUGUGUGCUUAAAGACCUUCACCGCCAAAAGCACACUUCAGGACCACUUGAACAUACAUAGUGGGGAUCGGCCAUACAAAUGCCACUGUUGUGAUAUGGAUUUCAAGCACAAAUCUGCCCUCAAAAAGCACUUAACUUCUGUUCAUGGCAGGAGUAGUGGUGAAAAACUACCUAGGCCUGAUCUGAAAAGGCAAAAUCUUUUAUAAAUUGGAAUCAUGGACUUACUAUGUAAAUCUUGUAUCAUUCUAUUAGGCAAGUCUGUGUAGAAAUGCAGCAUUUGUAAUCCUAUAUUCCCUCCCCUAAAUCUAAUUUUAUUAUUUGCUCUGACUACACAUUUUUUUUCUGAAUUAAAUUGUGAGAGGCCUGGUAAAGCUGAUGGGAUGAAUUAUAUACUGUAUAAAUUCUAAAGGAAUAUAUGCCUGGAGAAAUAGUGUUCUUUUAAAUAUUCUCAAUUCUAAUUGACUGAGUACCUAGCAGUAUUUGCAAUUCUGAUGUGUAUUCACUAGGUAAUUGAUUUAAAUAUUAAAUCCAAUCAUAUAAUAACUUUAAUGAAUUAGGGUGCCAAAAAAUAUUAUUUUUGUUUUUUUGAGACAGGGCCUCACUGUGUAGCCCAAGCUGGCCUCAAACAGGAAAUGAUCCUCCUGUCUCAGCCUUCUAAGUGCUGGGAUUACAGGCGUGUACCACCAUGCCCAGUGACAAAAAAUAAAUUUUAAAACACUAUUAUCCAUUAUUGGUCACUUUCAGAACAGAGAGUAUUAGCAAAUUGUUUUUCUUUUAACUUUUAGCCAAUGUUCUUAAGUUCUAAACUAAGGUGUUUACAGUUUAGAACCAAGGAAGGUACUUUUAAUUUUAAACUGUAAAGGAACAUAAUUCAGAUUCACUUGGUGAUAGCAGAAUUUCCUUAUAAUGUGUUAAUAUUUUUUAAAAUACUUUCAUCGCUAUUUGUUAUCAUUAUAUAAACUUUAGAAUAAUUAGGUCCAUGUUUCUUGAUUAUAUUUAAUAAAAUUGUUUUAAUAAUUUUGUGGCCAGUAAAAUAAUACUAUUGGCAUGAAGCUGUGAGAAAUUACUUUUCUAGAAAUUCCAACUUUAUCAAAGAUAUUUGUUCUACUGUGUCCUUCCUAAAGUUCUUUAUUUUUUCAUUAAUGUAGUAAAGUUGACCUUUUUGAUAUAUACUUCUAUGGAUUUUAACACAUGUACAUAUUUGUGUACCACCCUGCAACUGGGAUACAGAACAGUUCCAUCACCCUUAAAAACUCCCUCAUGCUGUUCCUUGUUACUUAAUUCCUCCUAGCUCUAAACCCUACAAAUAAUUCUUCAUUACUAUAAUUUUUCCUUUUCUAGAAUGUCAUAUAAAUGAAAUUUAUUUUUACCCAA